AUCACUCUUGCCCCUCAGUCAGAGUUGGUUUCGGCGAUGUGGAGGGUGGAAUGAUGCUCGUGCGGCGAGAGCACUGGCUCGCUGGUGGGGACGUAACUAGACCCAAACUCAAGGCAAUCCACUCCGAGCAGGCAAGCAGGCAAUCCACCCAAGUAGUCGUAUGCGAAACGACGUUCGUAGGAGGACGAUGGCUCCAGCCAGCGUGUUACUUGUCGCCCUGGUGAUGUCGGGAGCCAGAGGCUACUACGAGACGUGGGGGAUGCCUGGGACCCGGUCCACGCAGCCUACCUGUGUGGACAUUCCACGCAACAUGAGUCUGUGUCACGGGAUAGGCUACAAUAAGAUGCGACUUCCGAACCUGCUGGACCAUGACACGAUGGCAGAAGUCUCCCAUCAGGCGAGCUCGUGGGUGGCCCUCAACAACAUCCGCUGCCACCCCGACAUCCAGCUGUUUCUGUGCUCCCUCUUCAGUCCCGUCUGCCUCGAUCGCCCGAUUUAUCCGUGUCGGAGCCUCUGUGAGAAAGUGAAGCAAGGCUGCGAGGGCCGCAUGACGAUGUAUGGCUACCCCUGGCCGGAAAUGUUCAAUUGCAGCAAGUUCCCGCCGGACAACGACAUGUGCAUCGCCCCACAGUCCAAGUUCGACCCUGAAAGCGACGAACGGUGUCUCGCUUGUAACCCAGUGGAGACGUACGAAAACAUACUAGACAACUUCUGCAGGGCAGAUUUUGCUGUGAAGACAAAAAUACGACGAGCUAGGAAGAUGAUGCUGAAGUGUAAAAAGGCAAAAGUUCUGAAGGGAAGCAGUGAACUGUCAAAACAGUUGCCUCAUCCAGUUCUGCUCUUGGAAUCAUCUGAUGCCUGCUGCGAAGAGAAGACACGUAAUAGUCGAGAAGUUUACCUCAUCAUGGGGCGCAUACGUGGUGAUGCAAAACUUGUUCCCACCUUCAUAAUGCCAUGGGGGAAAAGUUCCAAACCCUUCAGGAAAGCUGUAAGGAUGUUUAAGAAGCUGAAUUGUUCAGAUCCAAAAUUGGUAUCACAUUCAGUAAUUGGAGAUGCAUUUGGCGGAGGCAGCAACAAUGGGAAUGCAGCAGGUAAUACAAAUGGUGGUGGAAAUGCAAAUGCCACUGGGAGAAGGAAGCGUGGUAGAACCAAAGGACGACACAAGAAGACAACGAAACACACGCCCACAUCAUCACCCUAGCCUUCAUCAAGACUGGUAGCAUAUGUUUGGGUGAAUCCUGGUUACAUUACAACUGGUACAAAACAAAGCCUAAUUAUGAUGAAGGAUGAAUGGGUUGAAAUUUGAUUGGGAUACCUUAUCCUAGACAAACCAGUUACUACUGUAUUAGCUGUACACUUGAAAGGCACUGAAAUCAUUUCACAGUAAUAUGCAUAAUAAGUAUUUCUGUUAUUAAAAGUUGGAUGAAAUUAUUAAAUAUUGGUGCCAUAAUUGAAUAUGAAUGGGAACCUGGCAUUCUUAAGAGUGAGACACUGGUCUGUCAUUUAGAAGGUUUUGGGUUCCAUCCCCAGUCAGGUCUGUGUGUGAAUUUUUAUGCUCACAGACUGAAGUCUUCACCUCUGACAAAGAUAAAUUUUUUUUGGAUAGAUCUGUGUUACUUUUUGAUAAAGGUUAAACCGUAGGUCAUUUCUGCCAACCAACAUACUCAUGAUAAAAAUAUCAUUUGGAGAAGUAAUUGAAUCCACCCAAUGGGUGACUUCAUCUCAGAAGUAGUUUUACACACUUGCCUAGAUGGGCAGUCAUCAGAAAAUAUCUCAUAGAUAACAGUGUAUGAUGACUUUUCCUGGUCAACAGUCUACAUCAUUAAAUACAGUUGUAUUUAUGAUGUAGGAUGGUUGUAACUGAUUAAUUAUUUAAUUUAAAAUGCUUGCAGUGCUGAACAUAUACUGUACUUUUAUUUUCAUGUAGUUUAGCCCUUUGUGCACUAUUCAAGUUAACAGCAUAUUGACAUUAAUGCUCUUCAUAUGCUGCGUUUUCAUUCAUAAAGUGCAGUAGGUGACGUGUGUGCUGUGUUCUAGUGUUAGGCUUGGCAAAGGGAUAUACAUGAGUGCAUGUAUCUACUGCAUGUUAAUUUGACUGAAGAGUAAUGUGAUAUUUACCUAUGAAAAAUAAUAUGAAGCAGUUUGUUGGAUAUUGAGUACAUUUAAAAAUAAUUUAUAUAAAUAAGUAAUCAUUUUGAAAAAUACAACUGCUCUGUUUCACAAUGUGAUGAAUUUUACUCUCUUUAUAAGGGCACUAGUACACACAUAACAACUUGUCACAUAGUCGUGAUGGCAUCAUUUUAUGUUGGACCGGUUGUAAGAUGCUCUCAAUGUCCAGAAUAUUGCAGUGUUGCCAGCAUCCAACAUUAGAACGGUACUUCCAGGCUUUGUUUUCUGCUGCCUGGAUGGAUAAAGGAUGGCUUUUCAGCAAUAUAAAUUCAUCUAUAGAUGUAUAUUACAAGUAUAUUUUUGCAAGUUUAAGAACUAUUGAAGCUUUAAAAUACUAAGUAGCUUCAGUAUGUGUUAUUUUGUUGACUGCUUAUUUCACUUGUUUCCUAGGAACAAUACACACAACCUGGAGACAAAACCAAUGUUAUAAAAUAUUUUAUAAUAUAUUAUAGCAUUUCCCUUAACUUAAAUGUGGCACAGUUGGAGUAUCCACAGUAACAUUUGCUGCAUUGUGCUGAAUAAUGCAUACAUAAUAAAUGUAAAAGUUUAACUGGUAGGUAGCCAUGUGUAAGUUGUUAAAGUGUGUCAAGAUGUGUCAUUGUGUGUUGUAUUCAUUGCCUUAAAUUAGAACAGCUUUAUUGUGUUUACAUUUUAAUAAUAGAAUGAUUUUAACUGCAGUAAUCUAAUCAAGAUUUGAAUUCAUGUCAAAAUUUUAUUUUUGAUGUUUGAAUUCAAAUAUUGGUAACCUGUUAGAUUUAAAUAAUGAACUGCAGUACCUUGAAUUUAAAUGUGAUAUUGUAUUUGAAACUUUAAAUGAGUCAUUGUUUUUAACAUAAAUUUGAUAUAUUUGAAGGGCAAAAUGUCAGGUUUGGAAUCCCUGUUUAUGUACAGAAAAUAACAUUCAUUAACACAUAGCUCCAACCAUCAGGAACAGGAAUUAAUUGCAAUUCCUAUUCCAUAGGUUGCUGUCUGAAACGAGGUACUCACCUCCAAAUUUCUGAUCAUAAAAAUCACAAUGGUGGUUUUGUAAAUAAGUAAUUUUAAUUUGUGAUGUACAUAAAUGUAUUCUUUUUGACUUACUUUGUACAUAUUUAUGAAUUUAAUAUUCAUAAUCAUAUACAUAUAUAUAACAUAAAGCAAAAACAGUUUA